GCCCGCCGCGGCUCCGCGGCCGAUCGCGGAUUAUAAGGGACCGCUCUCUCCGCCCCCAGCGAAGUCUCCCUCCGCCCUCCCCCUCACUCCCCACCCCUCCUCCGGCCGCAGAGAAGGGCAUGGAGUUGGCGGGAGCCUAUAAAAGCCCCUGAGAGCGUGCUGGGGCCACGGCGCUGUGACAUCCUCCACCGGCAGAGCAGGGCUGUGCACCAUGUCCCACCACUGGGGAUACGGCAGCCACGACGGACCAGCUCACUGGCAUGAGCACUUUCCCAUCGCCAAUGGAGAGCGCCAGUCCCCAAUUGACAUCUGCCGCAAGUCCGUCAAGUACGACUCCUCUCUGAAGCCUCUUAGCUUCAGUUAUGAUGCCAGCACCGCCAGAAACAUCGUCAACAACGGACACUCCUUCAACGUGGAGUUUGAUGAUUCUUCCGACAAGUCAGUGCUGCAAGGAGGAGCGCUGGAUGGAGUUUACAGGCUGGUGCAGUUUCACAUUCACUGGGGAUCCUGUGAUGGCCAGGGAUCUGAGCACACUGUGGAUGGUGUGAAGUAUGAGGCAGAGCUCCAUAUUGUUCACUGGAAUGUAAAAUAUGGUAAAUUUGCUGAAGCUGUGAAGCAUCCUGAUGGUUUAGCUGUGGUGGGCAUCUUCAUGAAGGUGGGAAAUGCCAAGCCUGAGAUGCAGAAGGUUGUGGAUGCUCUGAGCUCCAUUCAAACCAAGGGAAAGCAAGCUCCCUUUACAAAUUUUGACCCCACUGGACUCCUUCCUGCAUGCAGAGACUACUGGACAUACCCUGGCUCGCUGACCACUCCACCACUGCUUGAAUGUGUGAUCUGGCACGUUCUGAAGGAGCCCAUCACAGUGAGCUCUGAGCAGAUGUGCAAACUCCGUGGCCUUUGCUUCAAUGCUGAGAAUGAGCCCGUGUGCCAUAUGGUGGACAACUGGCGCCCAUGUCAGCCUUUGAAGAACAGAGAAGUCAGAGCCUCCUUCCAGUAACCUCGGUGCUGAGAGUGUUAAGAAUUGCUGUGUUUGUGAGGAGCCCCUUUUGCUAAACCCAAAUCAAACUUUGCCAUGUGUGCCCAGGCAACAUCUCGUCUCCCAGAUCCAUUCUUUCUUUUGCUCUGCAUCUGAAAUGCCAGCUAAUGAAAUGUGAAAGGCUCUUGGCCAAAUGGGAAAGGGUUCUUAAGGUGGGGGGAGGAAAGGGGUGGGUGGCUGUGUGCAUUUUGGUGACUAUUACUGCAACUGACAUUUUGGUACAAGAGUAGGUUGGCUACUUGGGAGAGGAUAUGGUGGUAGCAAAAUAAGCCAUUUUAAGAAACCUCAUCCACUGGUGUGAUAGUACACGUAACUAAUGAUAACUUGAAGCUUUGUAAGAAGCACAGGAGUACAGAAUCUAGCUAUAAUUUAGAAAAAAAAGUAUUUUGAGAAAGUUAAGCAAAAUGAAUAUUUAGAACUAGACUUCUUAGAUUUUAAGAAACUGACGUAAAUAUUUUUGAGACUGUUUUGCAUUUUUACCCAUGCUGUCAACAGCCUUAGUUAUGUCUUAAUGGUAGUGUUGGGAUUUUUAAUUAAAAAUGUUCUAAAUCAAAUGUUUUCUUUAAAAGUUGUUAUUACCAUAGAAAUAAUACAAAAUAUCUUUUCAUUGAAAUAAUAUAUGUUCUAAUUUAAAAAGGAAAAUAAUAUUGUAUUUUAGAUAACUUCUCUAAUAAAUCUAUACUUCUA